UAAGCAGCUCGGACAGUUGGGGGUUGAGCAAUCAGUGCUGGGCAAAAACUGGCCAGGACUGAACUUCCUUCCUCGACUGUGAGCUUUUAUAAAUGGGGACUAUGUUCAGUUUCUCAGUCGGUGAAUCGUCUUUGGAUCGGUUUAAACCAUCGUCGCUCCUUCUUCUAACAUUCACAUCAUGACUGUUGUAACGCGAGUUGCGCUUUUGUGCGUGGUUUUCCUCUGCGGCCUGGAGGACAUGGCGCAGACCCAGCGCAUACGCUGCGACAGGGCUUCGUGUUUGUGGCUCCACCGUGAGCCGCGGGACUUUGCGGGUGCGCAGAAAGGCUGCACAGACUCCAACACGCAGUUGCUCGCACUCACUUUGCGGGAAGCAGAGAUGUCACUCCCGGGUUUGAUGAGCGGCAGCAGCGGUAGUUACUGGCUGGAGCUGCGCAGCAACAGCACCGACAGCCCGGUGGACGAAGCAGCGGCGGGUCAACACUGCUUCACCGUGUCCGUGUCCGGGCCAUACAACGUCACAGUGUCACGGGAGCAGUGCCGUAACAAGCAGGACGGGUUUCUGUGCCGCACCACAUUACAGGGUUCCUGCAGUCGCCUGCAGACCACUGCAGACACGCUGGUGACUUUCACCACUGCACACAUCGGUUUGCAGCUCAUAGAAUCGGAAAACCUUCCAGAAGGAACCAUCGCUGUGGUGAGAAAGUUUCAGUUUAGCGCUGAACAUCCACACGCAAAGUAUUUGUGUUUUCAAGGGAGGUGGCUGCAGGCUCCGUGGAGGUGUGAGGUGCUGGAGGGCGGCUGCAAUCCCAGCUGCAACAGAACAACCAACACCUGCACCUGUCCCGCGGGAAAAACUCUACAUCCCAACAACAUCACCUGCACCUUCGCCAGCGAGCCACAGGGGGGCGACUCUACUGCUCGCACAUGCGCCACAGGCUACAUGCUGACGCCGGACAGGAAGCUGUGCGUGGACGUGGACGAGUGCAAGGACGGCAAUCCGUGCACGGGGGCGGGCGAGGAGUGUCUGAACACGGACGGAGGCUACGAGUGCACGUGCACAGACGGCUACGACAGGGAGGACGGCGUGUGCGUGGAUUUCUCCAUGUGCUCCAAGUGCGAGCACAUGCGGUGCAAGAAAUCCAACGGGAGCUAUGUGUGUGCGUGCAGGGAUCGGUACAAGGUGUCCCCCCUGGACCCCACCAAGUGUUUACGCCUCUGCGAGGAGGAGAGCUGUGUGGCUGAGUGCAUCUACGGGGAGAGGGAGGGCAAGAAGAUGCUGAACUGUUUCUGUCCCAGUGGCUUCAUCAAAGACCGCAGGAACGACACGGACUACUGCACCGACAUUGACGAGUGUGAGUCGGGGGCGUGUGAUCACCAGUGUGAAAAUUCAUUUGGCAGCUACAGGUGCUCGUGCGACAAGGGGUACGAGCUGCACGGGGAAGGCAGGUGUGUCCCGGCCAGGGACAGGGAAGAGGAGAAGGGCAAGGAUGAGGAGGAGGAGGAUGAGGAGGAUGAGGAUGAGGAGGAGGAGGAUGGGGAUGACGAUGACUCACCCUCUCCACCCCCAAAACACAGCAGCUCUCACCCAGCCACGCUGCCCUCUUACAUAAAGACCGGCAGCGUCCUGGGCAUCAGCAUGUUCCUGGCACUGUGCGCGGUGCUGCUGUGUCUCGUGGUGCGGAACAUGGCGAGACGCUGCCGCAGCGUGGAGCUCCCCUCCUUCAGAGCCCCGGACAUAGAUGUGUUCUACCUGCAGCAGGUGACCACAGAGACCUACAAGAGGUUGUCCUUCGACAAACAGCUCAAAAACGACCUGUCGAGACUGUGAACGCACCACUGACACUCACUCACAUGUAUAUUGUUAGGAAAACGUUCAUGGGAGACAGUUUAUCUCUCAAUUCUAAUCAAAUGAAUUCAAAAAUAAGACUUUUAAGAGGAGGACACAUGUUUCUGAAUGUGUAGGUUUACACAGUGGUUGAGUUCUCACUCAGAAGAAUGUUAUAUAAGAAACAAAAGGUGGGUUUUUUUAUGUGUAUGUAAUGGUACUAAAUGGAAGGUGUAAUCAUUUUUGUCCGAUUGUGUUCCAUUUUCCUCCAAAAUGUUUAUGAUUAUUAAUUGACUAGUAAAUUUAAAUGAACGUUAAAUGAAUUUGGUUUUAUUCAAAUUUUAAAUACAUUUUCUGACAUAUUAUAUACGAGCAAACAACUCAUCACUUGAUCAAAACUUGCUGGUUAAAGAGAUAAUUGCACACCACAUGUCUUGUUACUGUCACAGGAGUGAAUGGAUUAACCGCUCCCAACUGUUUAUCUACACUGUCUACAUGUACGCGGCUGUUUAACAUUCAAUGUGCCUUUUUAUAAAUGUUUUUAUUCAUGUUUUUUUUCCUGAGAUAUAAGAAAACAUUCCUUUAUCUGUGUGAAUACGAUUUCAUUAUGCUUUUUUUGUUUUACACACAUUUUAUCAUCAUGCUAUUUUAUUUAGAGCUUCCUUUUUUUAUCUUUUGAUAAAGUCACACUUUUAACUCGUUGAUAAAAAGGAGUCUAAAACACUAAGACACUGGACCGCCACUGUUUUUUGUAUUUUUUUCCGUGGAUGCACUGGUUGCCACGGGAACUGUUUGUGAGGCAGUGGUGAAAAAUGCUUUGGGUCUUUUUUUAUUAUUAUUUUUCCUCCACAUUCUUUAGAUAAUCUAAAACAAAAGCAAACGAAAAAUACAUUUGAAUGUAGAUACAUGUGAGUUUUAAACUCUUCAUGUGAUGACUGUGAGCGUCGUACAUUUCACAGCCUGACAAAAACCCACAUGUGAAAGUGUCCAAAGUCGAUCACGUGUGCCAGAUGAAGGCAGACGUGUCACAGCUGUGUACUUUGUUACCACUGACAUUAACACGAGACUGAAUGUAACGUCAGCUCCUCUGCGUGACCCGCACGUCACGAGAGGCGAGUUCAAAAAAAACCAUGAAUGUAUUGAAACUGCGCUGCUAAUGCAUUUACACUGACAUACAGAGCCAUGCACUUCCUAUGUAUCACGGCCUUUUUGUAAACUGUAAUUUAAGAAAAGAAUAAACACUCACGGUGUUGUGAAAGUUA